AGUCUACUUUAACCGUUCGAAUGAAUAAUACGUUUACGUCACCGUUUGUGUCACUUCUUUUUUAAUUUUUGAAAAAAAAAAUAAUCACACAAUAUAUUUUUUUUAUUCGACGUAUAGUGUAUUAAGAUGUCAAGUGUAUUUGUAUAUUUGUUGGUGGUGUUGGUGACAGCGAAUUUAGUGUCAUGCAGGAUUGUGAACAACAGGAAGUGUCCAGAAGUCAGGGCUGUUCCACAUUUUGAUUUGUCUCAGAUGCUUGGCGAUUGGUUCGUGGUCGAAUACUACGCAAGCGAAGAAGAAGCACUUUCUUAUAGCUGCAUGAGGGCGGUAUUCACACAAGACGACCAUGUUCAGGGAGAAGAUGGUACCAUAGAAUGGACUCCCGGUGUAACAAUGAAUUUCACUUACCGUUUUGCUGAUGAUCCAUUGGACGAAAACCUAUUAGGAAAUAUUACCUGGAAAAUCGAUAUGAACGAACCCGCUCACUGGACCCAUUCCGAAAUUACCUAUGACGGAAUCUACAACACGUAUGUGCUGGACACAGAGUACAAGACCUGGAUGCUGCUCCUGCACUGCGCGGAGCAGAGAGAGGGUGCGAGGUACCUCAGCGCCUUCGUCCUCUCAAGGACUACCUCUCUACCGAAAAAUGUUAUGGCCUAUUUGAGAGACAAACUACCCAGGUACGAUGUGGACAUCAAAUACGUGUUCCAGAUCCCUCACAACAAAUGCUCAGACAAGCCAGCCAAAGCUGACUUCUCGCCCAUACUUGUGGAGGUUGGCAGCAAGGUGCCGAGGAAGCCUGGUGUCACCUACAAAAUUGGUUUCGGUCAUUAAGUCUUAUGAAAAAUGUAUUUUUUGUAACAAUAAAUAGUAUGUAACACUAA